CAUACGACCCCUCCCCCAUCCUUAAGCUACAUAUUGCAAGAAGCCUACGUAAUGAAUCUCCUCGAUCUCCCUCCAGAGAUACUCCUCAUAAUCGUCUCCUUCCUCGACCGAGAACACGACAUCCACGUCCUCACCCUUACAAACCGAACCCUCUACACCCUCGCCAACCCACAUCUAUACACCAACAAUGCCCGCCACCACAACAGCUCCGCCCUCCUCUGGGCGGCCGAACACAACAAGCAACCCACAGCGGACCUCAGCCUCCGCCACGGCGGAAACAUCAACACCGCCGACGACGACGGGCGCACGCCGCUUUUCUGGGCGACAUGGGAAGGACAUGAUGAUCUAGCGCGGUUCCUCCUCCGCACCGCAAACGACAAGAUAGACAUCAAUGGACAGGAGAACCGCGGCCUCACACCGCUCAACUACGCCUGCAUGAAGGGCAGCGUCGAAAUCGUCCGUAUGCUCCUCGAGACAGGGAACGCCGACGUGAACACCCCGGAGAACGGCGGCCUCACGCCGCUCGGGAGCGCCGCGCAGAUUGGGAAUAUCCCCAUCGUAACGAUGCUGCUCGCGACCGAGGGAGUCAACGUCAACGCCGUGGACUCGAUCUUUGCGCGGGCGCCCAUCUGCCUCGCGGCCGACUGUGGGUAUGCGGAUGUGGUGCGGCUACUCCUUGAAACGGGCAAGGUCGAUCUCGAUCAUAAUUGGGCGGUUCAGGCUUCGUUCUUUUGGGCUGUGGAUCGGGGGUUUGACGGGGUCGUCCGGUUACUGCUGCAGACGGGGAAAGUCGACGUGAGUGCGACGUUUACGAGUCGGGGGGCGUCGGCGCUGUGUCAGGCUGCGAGGAAUGGGCGGGUGGCGAUUGUGAAGAUGUUUAUUGAGUCUGCGUUUGAUAAUGGUGGUGAUGGCAGCGAGGCGGAGGGCGCUCGGUUCGACGUCCGGGACGAAUCCUGCCGCCGAACGGCGCUGGGUUGGGCUGCGCAUGGCGGGUAUGCAGAUGUCAUCGAGGUCUUGCUGGCGACUGGCCGGGUGGAUAUCGAUUCGCGCGAUGGGGGCGGCCAGACGCCAUUGUCGUUGGCGGCGCAGUACGGGCAUACGCGUGUGGUGCGGAUGCUGCUUGAGGCGGAAAAGAAAGGUCUCGGCGCCGUAGACGUCGACUCGAGAUCUAACAAUGGCCGCACACCACUAUCACUCGCUGCCCAGGGUGGAUGGCAUGCGGUGGUCAACCUCUUGCUCGAGACAGGAAAGGUAGACGUCGACGCCGCGGAUUCAGAGCACAGCCGGACGCCGCUCUCGUGGGCCGCGGGAAACGGACAUUUCGAGGUUGUGAUGAUGUUGCUGGCGACUGGACGGGUGGAUGUUGGUUCGAGGGAUGGAGAGUUUCAUCGCACCCCGUUGGAGUGGGCGGCGGAGAGGGGGUAUGAUGCGGUGGUGGAGUUGCUGGAGGAGCAGGACCGAACGUAGGCAAGGACACGUGUGGUUUCAAGCGAUAGCUGUAUCAGAUCGGAUUUGAUCUGGGAUUCAUGUUGAAUUGCUGCCAUGAUAAGCCUUGGAAUUGAAUGCAUAUGCACUGCCGGCGUAUCCGCGUACACCUGAAGCUGCAUGCAGCAUAUGCUGAACCAGCCAGAUGAGGAUACACUGCAUAUACAUACAAGUACGGCGGCUAUGGUAGCCUAACUCCAUUUACAUUCUACCCAGGCUCGCAUCAGCCACAGCCGUGAAUCAUAAACAGCCGCAGCAUCACGCCGUAGCCCCACCAUCCACAGGAACAUUCGCCCCAGUCAUAAACGACGCCUCGUCACUCAACAGGAACGCAACCACCCUGGCCACCUCAUCCGCCUGCCCCCUGCGCUGCAGCGGGAGACUCGAGUACGUGCCCGGCUUCGCACUCGACGCCGACGUCGGGCGCGCUGUCGAGGAGGAUUUGGAGCAUGGGUGUUUCGAUGGGGCCGCUAUGUCGACCUAAUCAGUAGUUAUGUGCGCGGUAGUGAGUCAAUUCAACAAGAAAAAGCGG